AUGCAUCGCGAGCCGCGCCGACCGGAGGCCGACCAAGCUCCGGAACGGUCCGGAAAGUUGCUCCCAGGCAUGGAAGUACGCAUCGGGCGGACGGCGAGGCUACUGGUUCGAGGACCGUUGGUCAUGAAGGGUACCCGCGGCGAGCCACAAAAACGGCCGAAGCGAUCGGUGCCAGACGGGUGGCUCUCGACCGGAGAUGUCGUCACCGCCGACGCGGACGGCUACCUCACGAGACAUGUCACCGGCGACAUCGAGACGGCAGUGAAGACGUCGUCGUCUGUUGAUCCGCGCCGACGCCGCGGUCGGAGCAGCACGCUCACCACUGGGACUUGCGGCCGGGCCGCGGCACUCGCCAAGGACGCUCGGAUCGUCGACAUCGUUGCAACUGCUGUCUCGGGAAACUCGCGUCUGUCGAGGAGCCGGGAGCAGAUCAAGCGGUUUUCACGUACUCACCAUGUUCUGGGGCCAGGCGGCGACGAGCUGACACCGACGAUGAAGCUCAGGCGCAAGCCGAUAGCCGAGAAGUACGCAUCCGAAAUUGCAGCCCUCUAUGCGGAUUCCGGUCGUAGAGGACGUCUACGAGCCUGCGCCCUGCGCAUAGAUCAGCGUCUCGGUGGCCUUGACCACAAACGUAGCAGCCGAUCCCGGAACCAGAUCGAGUUCGGCCGCUGCGCUCGCCGUGAUGUCGGCAGACAAGCCCAGCUGGCCGGCUUCGUCCCUCCGCUCGCACUCGGACGGCAUCGCCUCGGUCGGUCCUCCGUCUGGCCCGCGAUAUCCACCCCGACCGGACUUCUGAGCACUCCGUCUCCGGCCAUCGUGCCGCUGCGCAAGUUGAUCCCGGCGAUGCGUGCUGCCGUGCACUACGCGGGCGGAGCGUCGUGCGUGACCAGUACGGCUGAGUCCGAUCGCCGGUCGGAGCACUCGGCGCAGUACCGACCGCAGCGCGGGGGCGGAGAGCGACAUCGAGCGCGGACCCGUUCCGUCGAGCGAAGCAGUUCGGGUUCGAGCAGCCAAUGCCCUCCUGACAGCUGCCAGCCCGUUGCCUUGGCCGCCGGAGAGCUGCAUGAAGGCCUGCCGGUCAGCCAAAUCGCCGGCGUCGACUGCCUCCAGCCAAUGGCGCGCGGACUCGGCGGAAUCGCGACGCGACCGCCCUGCACUCCGCGGCGCCCGAACGCCACGUUCGCAGCCGCGCCUGAGAUGGGGAAGAGAAGUGCCUCUGCUGCGCCCGAG